UUCUAUUUCUGAAUUUCUCAAAAAUAAGUUUUUCCUCAUUCAUCCCUUUUACCACUUUUCUUCUGGUUUUUAGACCAAGAACACGCACACACACAUUCCAGUUCAAAUCAAAAUCAAAUCAGUUUCCUCAAAGCGUCAAGCGAUUCUUCUGAAAAUCCCCAAUUUCCUCACCCGCAGUUCAUGUACUCAUCUAAGAAAAUUUAUGCCCCAAAUGGAAUUUUUUAUUAGAAAAGCAUAAACAAACCCUUCAUCUGCCCUUUUUUCCCUAUAUAAUUGGACGAUCUUUGCGCUUUCUCCCUUUCUCCCUUAUAUUCCUUGUUUUUGAGGAGAAAAAUCGAAUAUUUAUAGUCAAGUAUUAUUCGAUUUUCUCUGCAUUGCGGCCAAUAUUUUCUUGAAACUAUUGGAGCCUGUUUCAUUAGGGUUUUGUUUAGGAUAGCUCGAUCAACUAAUCUGGUGGUGUUUAGGUUUCCCUUCUAGUUGAUUUGCCUCGACCGGACAAUUGAAGCUCUGUAUUGAGGUUUUGAAUAGCCAGUACGUGAAUACGAUAUUGUUUGUUAUAGAAUUGGCGCUUAGAGUGUUACCACGUAGGUUCAGAUUUGUCUGUUCUUUUGCUGUUCCAUCUAGGUUGUCGAAGAGGUGGUUGUGUAUGGGAGAAAAUGAGGGAUGGGCUGAGUCAGGUGGGCCAUUGCCAAAUGGGCUUUUGCCCGGGGCUGGGCCAGUGUUGCGGACCCUCGAUUUAGAACGAUGGUCGAGAGCAGAGGAUAGGACUGCUGAGCUCAUUGCCUGCAUUCAGCCCAACCAGCUUUCUGAGGAGCGUAGAAAUGCUGUUGCAGAAUAUGUACAAAGGCUCAUUACGAAGUGCUUCCCAUGCCAGGUCUGCACCUUUGGUUCUGUACCACUGAAGACUUAUCUGCCUGAUGGUGACAUCGAUUUGACUGCUUUCAGUCAUGAUCAGAAUGUGAAAGACAACUGGGCCAAUCAGGUUCGAGAUAUGCUACAGAAUGAGGAAAAGAAUGAGAAUGCUGAAUUUCAUGUGAAGGAGGUUCAGUAUAUCCAAGCAGAAGUGAAAAUAAUUAAAUGUCUUGUAGAAAAUAUUGUGGUGGAUAUAUCUUUUAAUCAAGUUGGUGGGCUGUGUACUCUCUGUUUCCUUGACGAGGUUGAUCACCUAAUAAAUCAGAAUCAUCUGUUCAAACGUAGUAUUAUCUUGAUCAAAGCUUGGUGCUACUAUGAAAGCCGAAUAUUGGGUGCUCAUCAUGGUCUCAUAUCUACCUAUGCCUUGGAGACCUUAGUUCUUUACAUCUUUCACGUGUUCAACAAUACCUUUCAUGGACCUCUUGAGGUUCUUUAUCGCUUUCUGGAGUUCUUCAGCAAUUUUGACUGGGACAAUUUUUGUGUCAGCUUAUGGGGGCCUGUACCUAUUAGUUCCCUACCCGAUAUGACUGCGGAACCUCCUCGAAAGGACAGUGGAGAACUGCUACUUAGCAAGUUGUUUCUUGAUGCUUGUAGCUCUGUGUAUGCUGUUUUCCCAGGUGGCCAAGAAAAUAAUGGACAACCAUUUAUUUCAAAACAUUUUAAUGUGAUUGAUCCAUUACGUGUCAACAACAAUCUUGGACGUAGUGUGAGUAAAGGUCUUCACUUAGACACCUGGUAUUAUAUUUGUCUUCAUAAUAGUUAUCUAUGUUUGGAGAAUGGUAAUUUUUUUAGAAUCCGAAGUGCAUUUGCUUUUGGAGCGAAAAGACUGGCCAGAUUACUUGACUGCCCAGAAGAAAACUUGAGUUUUGAAGUUAAUCAGUUCUUCAUGAACACAUGGGAUAGGCAUGGCAGUGGUCAUAGGCCUGAUGCACCUGGGGUCGAUUCAUGGCGCACGGGAUUACCAACUCCAGGCCCUCAUCAUGAAAAUAGUAAUUCUGGUAAUAUCUUGAGUGGGAACAGUGUAAAUCAAAACAAAACUUCUUCUCUCCAUGGGACAGAGGACAGGGGCACUCAUGGUCAUGGUAAAACCUCUGCCUCUCGCACGAAAAGUCUAAAAAGUCAAACCUCAAACAGCUCCCGUGCAUCUGAUCAAAUCCGAAGAGACAAUACUUCUGAUUGGGUGUUGGUCAAUGAGGAGUUUCAGGGAGAUCCUAAGGCAAAUCGCGGGUUGAAUGAUAUUCAUGGCCGGUUACUUGCUCGUACAUCCUCUAGCCCUGAACUUACUGUUGCAUACAAUGACUUCCCUUCCCAAACACGGCGCAACAGGAAACCGGAAACAAUAAACACUCAAGUCCCAUCCAAACAGAGCCUCGAUAUGCAUGCUGAUGGUCUGGGUGAGGAGUUCCAGUCCACCAGUGGUGCAAUGAACCAGGAAGAACAAGAUAUCGUGAACAUGAUGGCGUCCGCCUCACUCCAAGGUCUACACGAGCAAUUUCACAUUCCGUUUAAUUUAAACUCAGGCCCCUUGCCUUUCUCUAUCCCACCAUCUUUCCUUGCCUCAAUGGGUUACGCUCAACGAAACCUUCCAGGAUUUGUUCCUGCGAAUAAUAUUCCGCUGUUUGACCCAUCGUUUUCGAAUCUGCAAUUUCAUCCUAAUCUACUUUCGCCUCGUUAUUUUCCUGGUGCUGGGGUGGCUUUUCCUUCAGAAGCUCCAGUCGAGCAAGGCAACGAUAAAUUUGGCUCUGCGGAGGUCAUGAAUAAUGAGGAGCUCGAUAAUGAUUUCUGGCAUGAGCAAAAUGUCGGAUAUAACCCUGAGAAUGGAAAAUCCAAAACAAGCGUGCCUGAUGAUAAACGGCCGGUGUCGGUUUCUGGUUUGAAAUAUAUUCCCCCACAUCGAUUGAAUAGCUCUGAUAAGGCUAGCAGAGUUCAGCAGAAACAUCCGAGAGAAAAACAUGGCCCUGCCCGCCAAAAUAGUGAGAGCCUUUCCAUCCAGGAUGAUAGAAACAGUGAGAUUUAUGCAGAAGAAAGAUCGGUAAGUUCAAGAGUUUCGACAGCAACUCAUAGCAACUCUUUAAGGAGUAGGGCCUCUUCAGAAAGCUCUUGGGAUGGAUCAGCUAAAACGCCUAAAUCCACGAAAGAAAGACGUGGAAAGAAAAUAUUACCGUCUGCAGAAUUAGCUACUGGCCAUACCGGCAUAGGGAAAGGCAAAGUGAUGUCUGACCAUAUGGCUAAUCAGCUGGAGAAUGAGAAUGCUGAGACACUGGAAAGAAAUUAUGUGCCUGAGUCACUUUCUUCUCUACAGAUCCCAUCUCAGAACAUGUCUUCUGGCAUUGAGGCUGCUCGGGUGAGUGGGCCAGACUCGAUGAUGCCUUUUGCCCCAAUGCUCGUUGGUCCCGGUGGCUCGACUCAGAGAAUGAAUGACAAUUCUGGGCUGGUUGCAUUUUACCCAACUGGUCCUCCAAUACCAUUUCUAACAAUGCUGCCAGUGUACAAUAUUCCACCAGAGACGAGUACUUCUGAAUCAUCAAGUGGCCAUUUUGUAGGCGAUGACACCCUGGAGAACAGUGAUUCUGGUCACAACAUUAGUCCCGAAGGAUAUGAUCACCUGGAGGAUUUAAAUUCUUUAAAUUCCUUGAGAGCGACAGCUGCUGCUGAAACCUCAGAAAAGAAAAAACCCGAUAUUUUGAAUAGUGACUUUGCCAGCCAUUGGCAAAAUUUACAAUUCGGGAGAUUCUGUCAGAACCCACAACACAGUGGGGGCCCGUUAAUAUAUCCUUCGCCUGUCAUGGUCCCACCUGCUUAUCUGCAGGGUGGCCGAUUUCCAUACGAUAGUUCUGGUAGACCUUUUUCUGCCAAUACAAACCUUUUCUCGCAGCUUAUGACGAGUUAUGGUCAACGCCUGGUCCCUGUGGCUCCUCUCCAGUCAGUCUCCAGUAGACCUUAUAUUUAUCAAAACUACAUGGAUGGCAUGCCAAGAUUCCGCAGUGGGACUGGGACUUACCUGCCUAAUCCUGUUCCCAUCAGGGAGCGAAACUCGUCUAGUACAAGAAGAGGAAAUUAUAGCAACUAUGAUAGAAAUGAGAACUAUGGUGACAAAGAUGGAAACUGGAACUCGAAUCCAAAAUCUCGAGGUUCUGUACGAAACCAUGGCCGCAGCCGAAGUGAAAAGUCAAAUUCCCGAACUGACCGUUUGACUUCUGUCGAGAAUCGAGCUGACCGUUCAUGGAACUCAUAUAGGCAGGAAGCCCUCCCUUCUUAUCAACCACGUAAUGGACAGUUGAGCUCAAGCUUUAAUCAAAAUGGUCCUCAGACAAUGGCAUACAACAUGUACCAGUUGCCAGCUACAAAUCCCAACGGAGUUACUAAUGGGCCCUCUGUACCACCUUUCAUGAUGCUCUAUCCUUUUGACCAUAAUAAUGCUGUUCACGGUUCACACGGUGAGCAGCUUGAGUUUGGUUCUCUUGGCCCAAUGGAUUUGCCGGGUAUGGACGAGCACUUACAGCUGAAUGAGGGGACUCGAGCCAGGAUGUUUCAGGAACACAGGCUUCAUGGGGGUUCUGACCACCAUUCUUCACCAGAUCAACCAUCUUCUCCACGCCAGCAGAGAAUUUACAAAUACCGUAUGUUUGGAGAGGGGUUGAUAUUUCCAAUUUUUUGGCUUAAUACAAAACACGAUAUGCCAGAGGAUGAGGUUGUUGCACUCAAGUUUAUUCUGAGGCAUAAACUCAAAAUGGCAAGUCCAGUUCUGCUAAAUAUCUCUAAUCUUUUACCGGGUAAAAGCUUGGUUUGUGCCUGGAAUUUUGACGUGCACGAGUGGCCUGUGUGGCAUGAUUUUGGUGUGCAAAAUAAGCUUUUGCCAAGAUUUGGAAGCUUUGGACGCAUGGAGGGGCAGAGGAGUUAGCUCAUCACUUCACUCUAUAUUUUUCUUUACGCGUUUAUGUCGUAGGUGAUGACACAUAACACAUUGUAAUAUCAUUGGAUUAGAAUUAGUUUUUUACUUCAAUUUUAUUUGCAGGAUAAAUAUUUUAAAUAUAUAUUAAUAUUUCUGUCCUCACAGAUGAUUUUAGGGUUUUGGUGAUAUUGUAACCCUCUGUAUUGAAUUCAUCCGCCACUAUG